CCCAGACCCCUCAAAUAUGGCCCAUCAAACCAGCGACCAACGCCAUUACCGCAGCCGGGAAUGCAAUGUGUCGUCGGAGCUAAGCUGACAUGAAGAACAAAAUACCUAUUUUUCCCCUUUCCAAAUUCUCACAUGGUUUCUCUCUCCAAUGCCCUCACUUUCUCCCCCACUUCGUUCUAAUCGCAGUGGCCGCUUCUUCAGAAAAAACCCAUGUCUUGUGAAACCCUAUCUCAACAUCACUUCAAAAGCCCACCUUUCUCAAGCAAUCUUUUCUCUCGAGCUCUUAACAAGAAAGGGAAUUCACUUACCCUUUCGAACCCUUGCUUCUCUCUUGCGAAAAUGCGCGGAAACCAAAUCUCUCAAAGAAGGCAAAUUCCUACACCUUCAUUUGAAACUAACCGGGCUCAAAAAGGCCGGCACUUUUUUAUCCAAUCAUUUGAUCAAUAUGUAUUCUAGUUGCGGCGAUUAUAUUGGUGCUUGCAAAGUGUUCGAUGAAAUGGGUGCUAGAAAUUUAUAUUCUUUUAACAAUAUGCUAUCUGGGUAUGCUAAAUUGGGCAUGAUAAAGCCUGCUAGGCAGUUGUUCGAUCAAAUGCUCGAGAGAGAUGUCAUUUCGUGGAACACGAUGGCUAUUGCUUAUGCAAAAGGCGGGCAUUUUGUGGAAGCGCUGAGAUUUUAUAAGGAGUUGAGGAGUCUGUGUAUCGGAUACAAUGAGUUUAGUUUUGCUGGUGUUUUGACUGUUUGUGUUAAGUCGAGGGAAUUGCAACUUACCAGGCAGGUUCAUGGUCAGGUUUUUGUUACUGGUUUUUUGUCAAAUUUGGUGAUUUCGAGCUCUCUCGUUGAUGGUUAUGUGAAAUGUGGGAUGAUAGGGGAUGCUAGGAAGGUGUUUGAUGAGAUAAAAGUGAGAGAUGUUCUUGUUUGGACCAGUUUGAUUUCAGGGUAUGCUCAAUGGGGAGAUAUGGAAUCAGCAAAUGAUUUGUUUGAUCAAAUGCCUGAGAAAAAUCCGGUUUCUUGGACAGCUUUGAUUUCGGGUUAUGUUAGAAAUGGUAUGGGGAAUAAGGCACUUGAAUUGUUUACAAGGAUGAUGGUGUCUCGAGUUAGACCUGAUCAGUUUACCUUUAGUAGUUGCCUUUGCGCUUGUGCUAGUGUAGCUUCACUUGCUCAUGGUAAACAAAUACAUGCCUGUUUGAUACGAACUAGUUUCAGACCAAACAUGAUAGUCAUAAGUUCCCUCAUUGAUAUGUAUUCCAAAUGCGGCAAUCUUAAUGUUGGCAAACAGAUUUUUUAUCUUACAAGUGAUAAGGAGGAUCCUGUAUUGUGGAACACAAUGAUUUCUGCGUUGGCACAGCAUGGACACGGUGAAGAGGCAAUAAGAAUGUUUUGUGACAUGGUAAAGCAAGGGAUGAAGCCAGAUGAGACCACUUUUGUUGUCAUCGUCAAUGCAUGUAGCCACUCUGGUCUUGUUGAAGAAGGGCUUAGGAUUUUUGAAUCCAUGUCUUCUGAUCAUGGCAUAAUUCCAGAUCAACAUCAUUAUGCAUGCUUAAUUGAUCUCUUGGGUCGAGCCGGUCGUUUUGACUUAUUGAUGAACCAUGUAGAGAAGAUGCCUUGUACGCCUGAUAGCCGUGUUUGGAAUGCAUUACUUGGUGUUUCUAGAAUCCAUGGAAAUAUAGAAUUGGGGAGAAAAACAGCCGAACAACUUAUUGAGUUACAGCCCCAGUCUUCUGCAGCAUAUGUAUUACUUUCAAGUAUAUAUAGUGCACUAGGGAAGUGGGAAUCAGUCGAGAAAGUGAGACACCUUAUGAAUAAGAGACAAGUCAAGAAAGAGGUAGCUCUUAGUUGGAUAGAACAUGAAAGUAAAGUGCAUGCUUUCACCGUAUCAGAUUGCUUGCACCCUUUGAAAGGAGCAAUAUACUCGACCUUGGAUCAGUUAGCCCGUCAGAUGGAUGAAGCUGUUUCAUUGCUCGAGUUUGAAAGCGGAAGUUAACUAUUGUCAUCUUUGCUGAGUUGUUUUGUUGGAGACCCGCAUCUAGUGUUGUAUCAUUUUUUCCCGU